GUGACACCACGCUUGGCCACCCGCAACCAGACGUCCUUCCGUGUGACCUGGCCACGUCCCCUCGUGCCGGUGGAUGGCUACCAGGUGGCCCUCAUCCCUCUGGAUGAGCCGGCGGCGAUGACCACCCAUGAGCUGCCCGGGUCUGCUGUCACCUUUGAGGUGACAGGGCUGGCACCCGGCCAUGCCUUCGAGCUCUUCAUCCAGGCUCAACGGGAGCAGCACCUCGGGGCGCCCAGCACCCUGCGCAUCCGCACCCUGCUUGCCCAGACUCUGCCCACCCACGGGGGGUCCCCAGGGUCCCCUCAGGGUUCCCUGGGGUCCCCGGCAUCACCAGUGGCCCCAGCAUCACCAUCAGCCAGAGGGUCUCCGGCAUCCCCAAGGUCCCCAGUGUCACCAGCAUCCCCGGGGUCACCAGGGUCCCUGGGAUCACCGGCAUCACCAGUGUCACCGGAUGCAUCCUUGGGGUCACCAGGGUCUUUGGGGUCACCGGCAUCCCCAGCAUCUCCAAGGUUUCCAGCAUCCCCAGUAUCUCGAGGGUACCCGGGGUCCCCAGCAUCACCGAGGUCCCCAGUGUCACCAGGGUCCCCAGCAUCACCAGCAUCCCCAGAAUCCCCGGGUUCACCAGUGUCCCCAGGAUCCCCAGAGGCACCAGCGUCCCCAGUGUCCCCAAGAUCACCUGCAUCUCCACGGUCCCCAGCAUCCCCACUGUCCCCAGUGCUCCCGGGUGGCCCAUCCCUGCAUGACCUUGGGGCCAAGCUGUCCACCUACAAUGGCUCCUUGCUGCAGCGCCUGGAGAGCCACCUCCGGGCUACAAAAUUCCCCCUCCGGGGCAACCAAACAGUGCCGGCAGUGGCCCGUGCCAUCCUCUCUUACCUUCUACGCCGCAGCCCGGCCCCGUUGCGUCACCAGCUCCUUCGCCAGAUCCCCCAUCCCAAGCCCCAGUUGAUGCCAGGGGCCGCCGGUGAGGCUCUGGUGGACCUGGAUGGGCUGCGGGGCCACGCAGAGACCGUGGUGAUCCGUUACCGGCUCCUGGAAGAGCCGGAGGGGGCCGAGGGGGAGCUGCAGGUGCCAGGGGACACAGCGGUGGCCCGGGUGCCAGGGCUGGUGCCAGGGGCCAGGUACCGGGUGGAGGUGCACGGCGUGGUGCGGGGGCACGUCUCCAAGUCCUACACAUUCCUGGUGACGGCAGGGGUCGAUGGCACCGAUGAGCCCCCGCUGGACUGGGAGCACAUGUAUGAGGUGGAGUUGACUGAACCCCAAGGUGUCGUAGCCAAAGCAGUGCCGGCCCCACCGUUGGAGGAACCACCACCCCGGCCUCGCCUGGGAGAGCUCACGGUCUCCCACGUCACCCCUGGCUCCGUCCAGCUGGAGUGGAGCGUCCUCGAGGGCACCUUUGACUCCUUCACGGUGCAGUACAGGGAUGUGCAAGGCCAACCUCAGGCGCUUGCGGUUGAUGGUGGUUCCCGCACGGUGACGGUGCCUGGGCUGUCACCGUCGCGCCGCUACAAGUUCAACCUGUACGGGGUGUGGGGUCGGAAACGGAUUGGUCUUAUCUCCACCGAAGCCAUCACAGCCCCGGCCCCACCAAAGAAGGAACCACCAUCCCCACCGCGCCUGGGCGAGCUUACGGCUUCUCAUGUCAGCCCAGACUCCGUCCAGCUGGAGUGGAGCGUCCCCGAGGGCACCUUUGACUCCUUCACGGUGCAGUACAAGGAUGCACAAGGCCAGCCCCAGGUGCUGCCCGUGGACGGUGGUUCCCGCACGGUGACGGUGCCUGGGCUGUCACCGUCACACCGUUACAAGUUCAACCUGUACGGGGUGUGGGGUCGGAAACGUCUGGGCCCCGUCUCCACUGACGCCGUCACAGCUGCAGCCAAGCCAGAGGAGGAAACACCAUCCCAGCCAAUCCUGGUAGAGCUCAUGGCCUCCCAUGUCACGCCUGAUUCCAUCCAGCUGGAGUGGAGCGUCCCCGAGGGCACCUUUGACUCCUUCACGGUGCAGUACAAGGAUGCACAAGGCCAGCCCCAGGUGCUGCCCGUGGACGGUGGUUCCCGCACGGUGACGGUGCCUGGGCUGUCACCGUCACACCGUUACAAGUUCAACCUGUACGGGGUGUGGGGUCGGAAACGUCUGGGCCCCGUCUCCACUGACGCUGUCACAGGCGCAGCUGAGCCAGAGGAACCACCAUCCCAGCCAAUCCUGGGCGAGCUGACAGCCACACACAUCAGCCCCGACUCUGUCCAGCUGGAGUGGAGCGUCCCCGAGGGCACCUUUGACUCCUUCACGGUGCAGUACAAGGAUGCACAAGGCCAGCCCCAGGUGCUGCCCGUGGACGGUGGUUCCCGCACGGUGACGGUGCCUGGGCUGUCACCGUCGCGCCGCUACAAGUUCAACCUGUACGGGGUGUGGGGUCGGAAACGUCUGGGCCCCGUCUCCACUGAUGCCGUCACAGCUGCAGCUGAACCAGAGGAGGAACCACCAUCCCAGCCCAUCCUGGGCGAGCUCACGGCUUCCCACGUCACCCCUGACUCUGUCCAGCUGGAGUGGAGCGUCCCCGAGGGCACCUUUGACUCCUUCACGGUGCAGUACAAGGAUGCACAAGGCCAGCCCCAGGUGCUGCCCGUGGACGGUGGUUCCCGCACGGUGACGGUGCCUGGGCUGUCACCGUCACGCCGCUACAAGUUCAACCUGUACGGGGUGUGGGGUCGGAAACGUCUGGGCCCCGUCUCCACUGACGCCGUCACAGCCAAGCCAGAGGAGGAACCACCAUCCCAGCCAAUCCUGGGCGAGCUGACGGCCUCCCAUGUCAGCCCCGACUCUGUCCAGCUGGAGUGGAGCGUCCCCGAGGGCACCUUUGACUCCUUCACGGUGCAGUACAAGGAUGCACAAGGCCAGCCCCAGGUGCUGCCCGUGGACGGAGGUUCCCGCACGGUGCCGGUGCCUGGGCUGUCACCGUCGCACCGCUACAAGUUCAACCUGUACGGGGUGUGGGGUCGGAAACGUCUGGGCCCCGUCUCCACUGAUGCUGUCACAGCUGCAGCUGAACCAGAGGAGGAACCACCAUCCCAGCCGAUCCUGGGCGAGUUGACGGUCUCCCAUGUAACGCCUGACUCUGUCCAGCUGGAGUGGAGCGUCCCCGAGGGCACCUUUGACUCCUUCACGGUGCAGUACAAGGAUGCACAAGGCCAGCCCCAGGUGCUGCCCGUGGACGGUGGUUCCCGCACGGUGACGGUGCCUGGGCUGUCACCGUCGCGCCGCUACAAGUUCAACCUGUACGGGGUGUGGGGUCGGAAACGUCUGGGCCCCGUCUCCACUGACGCUGUCACAGGCGCAGCUGAGCCAGAGGAACCACCAUCCCAGCCAAUCCUGGGCGAGCUGACAGCCACACACAUCAGUCCCGACUCUGUCCAGCUGGAGUGGAGCGUCCCCGAGGGCACCUUUGACUCCUUCACGGUGCAGUACAAGGAUGCACAAGGCCAGCCCCAGGUGCUGCCCGUGGACGGUGGUUCCCGCACGGUGACGGUGCCUGGGCUGUCACCGUCGCGCCGCUACAAGUUCAACCUGUACGGGGUGUGGGGUCGGAAACGUCUGGGCCCCGUCUCCACUGACGCCGUCACAGCUGCAGCUGAACCAGAGGAGGAACCACCAUCCCAGCCCAUCCUGGGCGAGCUCACGGCUUCCCACGUCACCCCUGACUCUGUCCAGCUGGAGUGGAGCGUCCCCGAGGGCACCUUUGACUCCUUCACGGUGCAGUACAAGGAUGCACAAGGCCAGCCCCAGGUGCUGCCCGUGGACGGUGGUUCCCGCACGGUGACGGUGCCUGGGCUGUCACCGUCACGCCGCUACAAGUUCAACCUGUACGGGGUGUGGGGUCGGAAACGUCUGGGCCCCGUCUCCACUGACGCCGUCACAGCCAAGCCAGAGGAGGAACCACCAUCCCAGCCAAUCCUGGGCGAGCUGACGGCCUCCCAUGUCAGCCCCGACUCCGUCCAGCUGGAGUGGAGCGUCCCCGAGGGCACCUUUGACUCCUUCACGGUGCAGUACAAGGAUGCACAAGGCCAGCCCCAGGUGCUGCCCGUGGACGGUGGUUCCCGCACGGUGACGGUGCCUGGGCUGUCACCGUCGCGCCGCUACAAGUUCAACCUGUACGGGGUGUGGGGUCGGAAACGUCUGGGCCCUGUCUCCACUGACGCCGUCACAGCUGUAGCUGAACCAGAGGAGGAAGCACCAUCCCAGCCGAUCCUGGGCGAGUUGACAGCCUCCCAUAUCACACCUGAGUCAGUCCAGCUGGAGUGGAGCGUCCCCGAGGGCACCUUUGACUCCUUCACGGUGCAGUACAAGGAUGCACAAGGCCAACCCCAGGUGCUGCCCGUGGACGGUGGUUCCCGCACGGUGCCGGUGCCUGGGCUGUCACCGUCGCGCCGCUACAAGUUCAACCUGUACGGGGUGUGGGGUCGGAAACGUCUGGGCCCCGUCUCCACCGACACUGUCACAGCUGCAGCCAAGUCAGAGGAGGAACCACCAUCCCAGCCAAUCCUGGGCGAGCUGACGGCCUCCCAUGUCAGCCCCGACUCCGUCCAGCUGGAGUGGAGCGUCCCCGAGGGCACCUUUGACUCCUUCACGGUGCAGUACAAGGAUGCACAAGGCCAGCCCCAGGUGCUGCCCGUGGACGGUGGUUCCCGCACGGUGACGGUGCCUGGGCUGUCACCGUCGCGCCGCUACAAGUUCAACCUGUACGGGGUGUGGGGUCGGAAACGUCUGGGCCCCGUCUCCACUGACGCUGUCACAGCUGCAGCCAAGCCGGAGGAGGAAACACCACCCCAGCCAAUCCUGGGCGAGCUGACGGCCUCCCAUGUAACGCCUGACUCCGUCCAGCUGGAGUGGAGCGUCCCCGAGGGCACCUUUGACUCCUUCACGGUGCAGUACAAGGAUGCACAAGGCCAGCCCCAGGUGCUGCCCGUGGACGGAGGUUCCCACACGGUGACGGUGCCUGGGCUGUCACCGUCGCGCCGCUACAAGUUCAACCUGUACGGGGUGUGGGGUCGGAAACGUCUGGGCCCCGUCUCCACUGACGCCGUCACAGCUGCAGCUGAACCAGAGGAGGAACCACCAUCCCAGCCAAUCCUGGGCGAGCUCACGGCCUCCCACGUCACCCCUGACUCUGUCCAGCUGGAGUGGAGCGUCCCCGAGGGCACCUUUGGCUCCUUCACGGUGCAGUACAAGGAUGCACAAGGCCAGCCCCAGGUGCUGCCCGUGGACGGUGGUUCCCGCACGGUGACGGUGCCUGGGCUGUCACCGUCGCGCCGCUACAAGUUCAACCUGUACGGGGUGUGGGGUCGGAAACUUCUGGGCCCCGUCUCCACCGACGCCGUCACAGCUGCAGCCGAGCCAGAGGAGGAACCACCAUCCCAGCCCAUCUUGGGCGAGCUGACGGCUUCCCACGUCACCCCUGACUCUGUCCAGCUGGAGUGGAGCGUCCCCGAGGGCACCUUUGACUCCUUCACGGUGCAGUACAAGGAUGCACAAGGCCAGCCCCAGGUGCUGCCCGUGGACGGUGGUUCCCACACGGUGACGGUGCCUGGGCUGUCACCGUCGCGCCGCUACAAGUUCAACCUGUACGGGGUGUGGGGUCGGAAUCGUCUGGGCCCCGUCUCCACUGACGCUGUCACAGGUGCAGCUGAGCCAGAGGAACCACCAUCCCAGCCAAUCCUGGGCGAGCUGACAGUCUCCCAUGUAACGCCUGAGUCAGUCCAGCUGGAGUGGAGCGUCCCCGAGGGCACCUUUGACUCCUUCACGGUGCAGUACAAGGAUGCACAAGGCCAGCCCCAGGUGCUGCCCGUGGACGGUGGUUCCCGCACGGUGACGGUGCCUGGGCUGUCACCGUCGCGCCGCUACAAGUUCAACCUGUACGGGGUGUGGGGUCGGAAUCGUCUGGGCCCCGUCUCCACUGACGCCGUCACAGCUGCAGCUGAACCAGAGGAGGAACCACCAUCCCAGCCGAUCCUGGGCGAGUUGACGGUCUCCCAUGUAACGCCUGACUCUGUCCAGCUGGAGUGGAGCGUCCCCGAGGGCACCUUUGACUCCUUCACGGUGCAGUACAAGGAUGCACAAGGCCAGCCCCAGGUGCUGCCCGUGGACGGUGGUUCCCGCACGGUGACGGUGCCUGGGCUGUCACCGUCGCGCCGCUACAAGUUCAACCUGUACGGGGUGUGGGGUCGGAAACGUCUGGGCCCCGUCUCCACCGACACUGUCACGGCUGCAGCCGAGUCAGAGGAGGAACCACCAUCCCAGCCAAUCCUGGGCGAGCUGACGGCCUCCCAUGUCAGCCCCGACUCUGUCCAGCUGGAGUGGAGCGUCCCCGAGGGCACCUUUGACUCCUUCACGGUGCAGUACAAGGAUGCACAAGGCCAGCCCCAGGUGCUGCCCGUGGACGGUGGUUCCCGCACGGUGACGGUGCCUGGGCUGUCACCGUCGCGCCGCUACAAGUUCAACCUGUACGGGGUGUGGGGUCGGAAACGUCUGGGCCCCGUCUCCACUGACGCUGUCACAGCUGUAGCUGAACCAGAGGAGGAAGCACCAUCCCAGCCAAUCCUGGGCGAGCUGACAGCCACACACAUCAGUCCCGACUCUGUCCAGCUGGAGUGGAGCGUCCCCGAGGGCACCUUUGGCUCCUUCACGGUGCAGUACAAGGAUGCACAAGGCCAGCCCCAGGUGCUGCCCGUGGACGGUGGUUCCCGCACGGUGACGGUGCCUGGGCUGUCACCGUCGCGCCGCUACAAGUUCAACCUGUACGGGGUGUGGGGUCGGAAACGUCUGGGCCCCGUCUCCACUGACGCUGUCACAGCCAAGCCGGAGGAGGAAACACCACCCCAGCCAAUCCUGGGCGAGCUGACGGCCUCCCAUGUAACGCCUGACUCCGUCCAGCUGGAGUGGAGCGUCCCCGAGGGCACCUUUGACUCCUUCACGGUGCAGUACAAGGAUGCACAAGGCCAGCCCCAGGUGCUGCCCGUGGACGGUGGUUCCCGCACGGUGACGGUGCCUGGGCUGUCACCGUCGCGCCGCUACAAGUUCAACCUGUACGGGGUGUGGGGUCGGAAACGUCUGGGCCCCGUCUCCACCGACACUGUCACAGCUGCAGCCGAGCCAGUUGAGGAACCAGUAUCCCAGCCGAUCCUGGGCGAGCUGACGGUCUCCCAUGUAACGCCUGAUUCCGUCCAGCUGGAGUGGAGCGUCCCCGAGGGCACCUUUGGCUCCUUCACGGUGCAGUACAAGGAUGCACAAGGCCAGCCCCAGGUGCUGCCCGUGGACGGUGGUUCCCGCACGGUGAUGGUGCCUGGGCUGUCACCGUCGCGCCGCUACAAGUUCAACCUGUACGGGGUGUGGGGUCGGAAACGUCUGGGCCCCGUCUCCAUCGACACCGUCACAGCUGCAGCCGAGCCAGAGGAGGAACCUCGACAACCACCUCGCCUGGGCGAACUCACAGCCUCCCACAUCAGCCCUGACUCUGUCCAGCUGGAGUGGAGCGUCCCCGAGGGCACCUUUGACUCCUUCACGGUGCAGUACAAGGAUGCACAAGGCCAGCCCCAGGUGCUGCCCGUGGACGGUGGUUCCCGCACGGUGACGGUGCCUGGGCUGUCACCGUCGCACCGUUACAAGUUCAACCUGUACGGGGUGUGGGGUCGGAAACGUCUGGGCCCCGUCUCCACUGAUGCCGUCACAGCUGCAGCCAAGCCGGAGGAGGAGCCACCACAACCACCUCAACUAGGCGAGCUGACGGCCUCCCACGUCACCCCUGACUCUGUCCAGCUGGAGUGGAGCGUCCCCGAGGGCACCUUUGACUCCUUCACGGUGCAGUACAAGGAUGCACAAGGCCAGCCCCAGGUGCUGCCCGUGGACGGUGGUUCCCGCACGGUGACGGUGCCUGGGCUGUCACCGUCGCGCCGCUACAAGUUCAACCUGUACGGGGUGUGGGGUCGGAAACUUCUGGGCCCCGUCUCCACUGACACCGUCACAGCUGCAGCUGAGCCGGAGGAGGAACCACCAUCCCAGCCCAUCCUGGGCGAGCUCACGGCUUCUCAUGUCAGCCCCGACUCUGUCCAGCUGGAGUGGAGCGUCCCCGAGGGCACCUUUGACUCCUUCACGGUGCAGUACAAGGAUGCACAAGGCCAGCCCCAGGUGCUGCCCGUGGACGGUGGUUCCCGCACGGUGACGGUGCCUGGGCUGUCACCGUCGCACCGCUACAAGUUCAACCUGUACGGGGUGUGGGGUCGGAAACUUCUGGGCCCCGUCUCCACUGAUGCUGUCACAGCUCCCGAAGAAGAGAAGCCACCAUCUCAGCCCCGCCUGGGCGAACUCACAGCCUCCCAUGUCACUCCUGACUCCAUCCAGCUGGAGUGGAGCGUCCCCGAGGGCACCUUUGACUCCUUCACGGUGCAGUACAGGGAUGCACAAGGCCAGCCCGAGUCACUGCUCGUGGACGGUGGUUCCCGCACAGUGACUGUGGCUGGGCUGUCACCGUCGCGCCGCUACAAUUUCUACCUAUAUGGGCUGUUGGGGCAGAAACCUGUGGGUCCCAUCUCCCUUGACACCAUCACAGCCCCAGCUCCAAAAAAGGAGAAGCCACCGUCCCAGCCCCACCUUGGCGAGCUGACAGCCCCUCAUGUCACCCCUGACUCCGUCCAGCUGGAGUGGAGCGUCCCCGAGGGCACCUUUGACUCCUUCACGGUGCAGUACAAGGAUGCACAAGGCCAGCCCCAGGUGCUGCCCGUGGACGGUGGUUCCCGCACGGUGACGGUGCCUGGGCUGUCACCGUCGCGCCGCUACAAGUUCAACCUGUACGGGGUGUGGGGUCGGAAUCGUCUGGGCCCCGUCUCCACUGACGCUGUCACAGGUGCCCCGGGGACCCUCUGGGUGGGGACUGUAUGGCCCCGCAGUGCCAGGCUGCACUGGGCACCCCCCCACACCCCCCUCGAUGGCUACGACCUUGUCUAUGGCCCUCCCGGAGGACCCCAGAAGACGCUGCGGCUGCCCCCCGAGGCAUCGUCCCAUCAGCUGUGGGGCCUGGAGCCAGCAGGGCGCUAUGGGGUGCAGCUGUGGGGCCGGGGGGGGGACACGCCCCCCACCCCCCUGGAGACCAACUUUGACACCCCUCCCCUCCCCCACCCGCACCCCCGGGACUGUGCCGAGGAGCAGCUGAAUGGACCGGGCCCUUCGCGCGAGACCCUCAUCUUCCUCGGGGGAGACCCCGGGAGACCUCUGCGUGUCUUCUGCGACAUGGAGACCGACGGCGGCGGAUGGCUGGUGUUCCAGCGCCGCCAGGACGGGGGCACCGAUUUCUGGCGGGGGUGGGACGCCUACGCCCACGGCUUUGGCAACGUCACCGGGGAGUUCUGGCUGGGGAACGAGGCGCUGCACGCGCUGACGGCGGGGACCCCCACGGAGCUGCGGGUGGAUCUCCGCACCCCACGGGACGCCGCCUUCGCCCACUACCGCGACUUCGCCGUCGCCGGCCCCGAGGACCAUUACCGCCUCCGCCUCGGCGCCUACAGCGGCACUGCUGGGGACGCGCUCUCCUACCACGCCGGCAGCCCCUUCUCCACGCGGGACCGGGACCCCCGGGGCCGCCCCCGCCCCUGCGCCGUCGCCUACACGGGGGCCUGGUGGUACCACAACUGCCACUACGCCAACCUCAACGGGCGCUACGGGACCCCCCACGACCACCAGGGCAUCAACUGGUUUCCCUGGAAAGGCUUCGAGUUCUCCAUCCCCUUCACCGAGAUGAAGCUGCGGCCGCAGCGCGACUGAGGGGACCCAGGCGUCCGGGGGGGGUCCCAGGCGUCCGGGGGGGUCCCAGGCAUCCGGAAAGAGGCGGGACUUGUGGGGGGAGGGUCAGAGGUGAAGCUUUUAUGGGGGGGGGGGGGGUAAUAAAAGGUGCCUGGAACCCCCACCCCCUGGUGAACCCGGGCGUCCGGGGGGGACCCAGGCGUCCGCGGACACAGGCAGCAGGAGGACCCGGUCAUCCGGACAUGCAGGCAGCCCCAGGAGUCCAG